AUUGCCAUGGAAACAAACUUUUCCUCACGUGAGCAAAAAUAAUAAAAACAAAAAAACAUGGCGCCAAAAUGAAUAGAAUUGCUGCUUUCUCUAUCGGAGCUGCCAGUGGUGUUGUAGGAACAUAUCUGACUCUAAAAGAGAGAGAAGAUCUUAAAGUCGAGCCCAAAGUUUUCAAAUAUGGUCGGCCAGACUCUCCAGUUUCUUUUCAUUCUUAUUCUGCUCACUCCCUCGCGUAUGACAGGGCCAGGAAGAUACCUCUCUGGGUUAUUGAGAGACUUAGCCCUCACGAUAUAAAGAAGGAGAUCACUGCAGACAGACACCGCUCAAAUUUCCAACCCGACCCGUUUGUUUCCCCGCACUACUCGUCCGCUAAUACUGAUUAUUUUAACAGUGGGUGGAGUCGAGGGCAUAUGGCCGCCGCCGGUAAUUAUAAGCACGAUCAAAAGUGCAUGGACGAUACUUUUUAUCUAACUAAUAUCCUACCACAAGAUUUGGACAAUAAUAUAGAUUAUUGGUAUAGAUUGGAGAAUUAUUGCCGUCAGCUUGUUAAGAAAGGAUACAGCUUGACGGUUAUAUCCGGACCGCUUUUCCUACCUGAAGAAAGAGAUGGGAAGAAAAUUAUAAGCCACCAGGUUAUUGGUGAUAAUAAUGUUAGUGUUCCUACUCACUUGUUCAAGAUUCUGUUGGCAGAGCGUGAAGAUGAAGAACCGCCAUUACUAGGUUCUUUUAUAAUACCAAACAAACCUGUUUCUGAUUGUCCCUUAAGAACUUUCCAAGUUCCUUUAGAAACAAUAGAGAAACACUCAGGGAGUCAUUUCUUGCAAAACCUUCAACGAAACAAAGCUCUGGAUCUUUGUGAUAAAGACGGCUGCAAGACUAUUAGUUUGAAUGAGCUUACGUUGUAUCGCUAUGCUCAAAAGCUGGAACAAGCUACCAGCAAAGAGGCUCUGGAGAAACUAUGGGCAGAGAUGGAAUCUAAAGCUAUAAAACUUGACAAACAUAUCACAGCAAUUUAUAAAAAGAAAAUGAAUGAAUUUUAAUGAAACACAACACAACAAUAAAAA